GCAGAUUUGGCAACACGUCGUCAAUCCAUCUCUAAAGUUCUUCCUCUCAGGUUCUUUCUCCGAUCAAAGCGAUCAUUACUACCAGAGUCGCAACCUCUUUCCCCAAGGAACGCCUCCCACAUUGGCUCAUCUGCCGAAUCUCUCUCUUCGUCUGGCCCCACUGCCCUCUCUCCCUUUCUUUCCAUGUUGCACAAGUCUGGUCCCUCCGGAGAAGCAGCACUGGAAGGGGAGGGGGGGAAAGGAGAGGAGGGAUUGUCGAGCACGUCAGAUAACCUGCAGGGAUAUCGGAAUGGUACGGCAAGUGGUAAUGUGCGUCACGGGUCAGGAAGAAGAGAUGGAACCUGUAGUUUGCGCAGUCGAUCGAAUGGUCAUCCCAUCUUGGAGGUUGGUCUGUGGACGAGACGGGUAGACUCGGUAGAGGCAAAUUCACUCACAGGAGCUCAGAGGUGGGAAGGGGUUGGCAUGUCAGGUGGGGAGGUAAGUGGUAGUGGUGUUGCGCUUUCAGUGGAAGGGAAGAUUCAGAAUGCUGAUGCCGUCUCGACGAGCAAGAUCGCCAACUCUGCGUUGCUCUUCGUCGCGAAAGUGAUUGUGAUUUUGGCGGCGAAAACAUUUGCUACGUCAGCAUGGCCAUACUUUAGAGUCCUGUCUCUUGCUAAUCUCAAAGUCCGUCCACUCGCAGUCCUUGUCCCUUCACCGGUGAAGGUGGCAGCAAAACCAUUUGCAAUGUUUAGCACACCUAUGCUUGUGCUGUCGCUCGCUGCUCCCGUUGUCCGCAGAUCUUUUCCAGAUCUGUGGCGUACGCUUCGAUACUGGCGUAGGUUACUUCCAAUUUAUGCUGGCUACAUGAGGACUAAAUAUGAGGCGCGAAACAAGUCGCCCGAGAGGAGGGAGGAGUUAUGGGCUGAGAGGCAUGAGUGGGGUGGGGAGAAGGUGUAUCGACUUGUUCUCGAGAUGAGUGGCUUCUACGUGAAGUCGGCCCAGGUGCUUGCCUCGAAAGGUGAUUUUAUGCCCCACGCAUGGACCAUGCGCCUGUCCAAGUUAUUUGAUGAUGCUCCUCCCAGACCUUUUGCCGAGGUUGCACAGUCAAUUGAGCAUCAGCUGCAAGUCUCUGCUGAAGGAGAGGCAUUGCUGGCUUCAGGUCCGGUGAAGGAAUUAUUUAAGGCCGUCUUUCGCGAGGUGGAAGAAACAGCACUCGCAUCCGCGUCAAUCGCCCAAGUCCAUCGUGCCAUCUUGAAGGACGGGACGCCUGUCGUCGUCAAGGUCCAGCACCUUGGGAUGGACAUAGUCAUGCACUCCGACCUUCGAAACAUUGGCUGGGUCGCAAAGUUUCUGCGCAAGCAGCUUCCGUUCGAUCUGACCCCGGUUGUGAAGGAGAUUCAAACCACCAUUCCUCUGGAGUUUGACUUCUUACGGGAGGUCUCGUUUAUGAAUACCAUUGGUUCGAACCUGAAAAGGAACGGCGUGGUGGAUAUCGUCUGCCCUCGUCCCUGGAAGGAGCUGUGUGCGCCCCAACUGAUUGUGAUGGAGCGACUUGACGGGGUUCCGUUCACGCAAAUCAUCAAUCCGCAAUCGGGCCCACACAUCAGGGCGAAGGUCCCGAUGGCAGUGAAAGCGUUCGCUCGCCUAGUCGAGGCCUACGGUCCGAUGAUUUUCAUCGACGGGGUAUUUCAUGCCGACCCCCAUCCUGGAAAUCUCCUUCUCCUUGAAGAUGGGAGGAUGGGAUUGCUGGAUUUUGGUCAGAGCAAGGUCCUCGACGAGCAGACGAGGAAACAGUUAGCGCAAGUUGUCGUUGCGCUUGCCGGCGGAGAUGUCGACAGCAUUGUCGAAGCCGUGACCGAUGCGGGCAUGAUCUUCAAGGACGUCGACGGAGGCAUGCCUGACAAAGACGCGGUGGUGAAAAUGGCGUACAUCAUGUUCGACACGCGGUUCAUUGCGGAAGCAUUGGUAUCGCCAAUGUGCGAUGACCAUAUGGUUAGAAAAACACCCCUUGCAUCCUUCAAUCAGGCACUAUGGUUGGUUGUGCGCGCACUCGUGAUAAUGAGGGGUCUCGCAAACAUGCUGCAGGUUGACCUUUCAGCAGUGAACCUCUGGCAGCCUUAUGCAAAAGCUGUUCUGGAGGGCAAGGCCAACCCCAUACCUGUGAACCUAUAACAUUAAAAAAAAAAAACAAAAAAAAAACACAUAAUCAGCAUGCCUGUCUGCUCUGUAUCGGUUCUUGGAGCUUA